AUGAAAGACCCAUCAGUCAAAGAAGAAGUGUCCCGGGUGCUCCAAGUGCUGGAAGCUCUCAAACAAGCAUCACACGACCUCCAAUCCCACCCGAAUCCCAACUCCGCCGCCAUGAAUCCCCUGCUCCAGCUCGAAACAGAGUCCGACGGGAUCCUGUCCGACGACCCGAACCUCUCCGCCCUCUCCCACCGUCUCGCCGAGCUCAAAUCGCUCGUCGACGAUUACAACCGCCGGUCCCCUAAUCGGAGCAGCAUCCGCAGCUUCUUGGCUCGCCGGGUUUCGACGCAUUCCAUCUCGAAAGUCGCCGGGUCGAUCGAGUCCGAAAUCCAGGCCUGGAUCGAUCGCGAGAGCGUCGAGAGCCUGGCCCGGUCGCUCAAGAAAGAACCACCUCCCGAGGGACAUGAAGAACAAGAAGAAGAAGAAGAGCUGGCGAGUCUAUUGGGUCAAUUUGAGAAUCGAAUUUCUCAAGGGUUCAACCGGGAGCUGCAGGAUUUGGUCCUGAAGGCGAGGGUAUUCGGGUCGUUGGGUCGGAUCCUCUGCGACCCGGGUCGGUCGAUUCGGAUCAGGGAGCUCUGCGCUUAUUGUAUCACUGCUCUCAUCGGGUUCAACAAGGACGUGUUCGCCGGAUUCCUCAUGGUGUCGCUGAUUCACGCGCUCGUUUCGUUGGGGACCUGGAAAUCGGUACGAUUGCUCUGCUCUCUGAUCAAAUUGAUCAGAUCGCCGCUCGUCGACGAAAUCGAGUACAGCGGCGAGAUCCCAAGAAUCAUUCGGCUGCUGGACUGUAAAGAUCAGGAGACGAAGGUUAUGGCGAUGGAUUGCGUGCUGGAAAUGGGGUAUUUUGGGAGGAAGGAAGCCAUCGACGCGAUGCUUGGAGAAGGGUUGAUCGAGAAGCUGGUGGAGCUGCAGAGAUCGGAAUUGGGCGGGGAUUUGAUCGGGAUGGAGAGGUUCGACUCUGACUCUGAAUUCGACUCUGAUUCCGACGGCGGCGGAGAAGGGAAGAAGAAGAAGAAGAGGAAGGAGAAGGGUUUUUUGGGGAGGCACCCGUUUGCGAGCUGCGUGGCGAGAUUCGCCGUGCAGUUGGAGGUCGGAGAAGGGCUGCGGCAGAGGGAGAAGAGGGCUCUGAAGCCGGAGAUUCUGCGGCGGGUGAAGGAAGGCUGCGUCUCCGACGCCGAAGCCGCCACCAUUGUCGCCGAAGUUCUCUGGGGAUCCUCGCCGUGA